CUCGCGGUCCCGCUGUGUCCCCGCGCAGCCCCAGUCUUCUCCACCGCGGAGCCUCAGGGAGAAAAGUUUCUUGUGGGGGCCAGUCUAGUGUCAGGAGCCCAGUGUGCCCAGCCUUCCAUCCGCCAGCCUGCCCUGCUCGACUGUCCCAGCACCUGAGUGAGUGGCCUCCUAAGCUCUCCCCCUUCUCCAGUCUGGUCUGCAGGCGUCUGGCCCGGCCUCCGGCUCGCUGUCCAGUUGCUACGGCAACGCAAGGUAAACCGGCCGCCUGGGCUAGGAGCCCCGGACCCCCGGACCCCUCGGGGCCGCCCUCCCUCCACCCUCCUCCCCGGCCUGGCCCUUCUCGUGGGCCUGUCACCCCUUCAGCCGGGGGGGCUUUCCGGAGGCGGCUUCCUCCCGAGGUCACCUGGGCCUGUCACUCUGUCUGUCCGUUUCGUCCAUGUCGUCGUCGGGUCUGCGCUAUGGAGUCUUAGGAAGAACCGGCUCCAACGUGGUUGUUCCCCCUUCCCCCUCACACUCAAGAAGAGUUCUGCCAUUCUGUAAUGGGGAUUACACCUGAUGGAAGUGCUGUUUCAUGAAUGUACUCACUUUCUUGUAAACCAGAGGAUUAACAUGAUUCCUAUCCAUGCUUACUAUGAUCUGGUGUGCCAAUGGCUGUUAAUGUUUCAUUAACUUACAAGACUGAGCCAGUCAGAAGGUAGUUCAUUUGAAGGAGGUCGUGUCUUGCUUUUCCUGCCAUUUGUUACUCCUUCAAACACUUGAAACACUUUCUCCUCAUUUCCUCUGCAUGUGGCUGAAAAAAUUAAAAAAAAAUGGCUGAUUGUAGCUUUGACAGAAAAAGUGUAAAAUGCCCUGAAUGCUCUGGUAAUUCCCAACCAGACAGGAUUAAUUCAUGUCGCUGCAAAAAUAAGGAUUGCUCUAAUAUUUCUGUUUCUGUCAUGGAGACAUCCCAGUCUUCAAGCCUCAAUAAUGCAGAGUUAACAGCAAAUGGCAACAGAAAUAAAAAUCCAAGCACUGAAAACAACAAGUCAAAAGAAUAUGUCAACUCUGAAUAUUCACUGAUUAUGGACAAGUCAUCAAUCUUCUUUCCAUCCACCACCUCAGUCCAAACUCAGUUGUCAUCCUCAUCCUCAUCCUUAUCCCCAUCACAGAGUUCACAAACGUCUUUACAAGCAAAGGAACAAUUGUCUAGCAUUAGAGAGCCCUUAAGAACCUCAGAUACAAUUGAGACAAAUAGAAAAGUCUCCGUACAUCAAUGGAAUCGUAUCACCUCUUCAGAAGGAAAAGUUCCUCACAUAAGGAUGGAAGACUGCACUGUUCUCCAGCAAAUAUAUUCCUUUGGAAGAAAAUUGGGACAAGGGAGCUUUGGAGUGGUCAUUGAAGUUACAGACAAGAUAACAGAUACUAAGUGGGCCAUGAAAAAAGUGAACAAAGAAAAGGCUGGAAGCUCUGCUGUGAAAUUACUCGAACGGGAGGUGACCAUCCUGAAAACUGUGAAACAUGAGCAUAUCAUUCAUCUAGAACGGGUGUUUGAAACAGCUAAGAGGAUGUACCUUGUGAUGGAACUCUGUGAAGCUGGAGAACUGAAAGAAAUGCUUAGCAAAAAAGGGCAUUUCUCUGAGAAUGAAACAAGGCAAAUCAUUCAGGAUCUAGCAUCAGCUAUAGCCUAUCUUCAUAAAAAAGAUAUUGUUCAUAGAGACCUAAAGCUGGAAAAUAUUUUGGUUAAAAGCAGCUAUACUAAUGAAGAAAAUGAAACCAACUAUAACAUAAAGGUGACUGAUUUUGGUUUAGCAGUGCAAAAGGAAGGCGGAUGUGAAUCCAUGUUUCAGACAACUUGUGGGACUCCUAUUUAUAUGGCGCCUGAAGUGAUCAAUGCCCAUGACUAUAGCCAACAGUGUGACAUCUGGAGCAUAGGUGUCAUUAUGUACAUGCUAAUUUGUGGGGAACCUCCUUUUAUAGCAAACUCAGAAGAGAAACUCUUUGAAUUAAUAAGAAAAGGAAAACUAGGCUUUGAAAAGACAGCCUGGGAGCGUGUGAGUGACUCUGCUAAAUACGCUUUGGGACAGCUUCUGAAGGUAGAUCCUGCUCACAGAAUCACAGCCAAAGAACUGCUUGAUAAUCAGUGGAUAACAGGCAAUACACUGACCCCUAUGAGACCUACAAAUGUCCUGGAGCUGAUGAAACAAUGGAAGAACCAGCCAGCAAGUGAUGAAGAAGAUUUGGAUCACUUAAAGGAUGAUCUCGCUUCCAAAAUCCACAUGUAUACAGCCUUCCAAUCAGAGAACAAUGUUGACCCUAAGAAUACGGACAGUAAUAGUAAUACAGAUGAUAGUAGUGGCCAAUCCCCCCUCACCACUGGAAAGCAGGUCUGCAAGAAAAAAAAUAACACAAGUACAUUAACAAAUGGAACAGUGAAGAAGAAAAAUGUAAACUUUAGGCUAUCUAGUAAUGUCCCUCCUAGUGGGAAAGUGAACCAUCCAAAGCGAAAUAUGGACAAUUCAGAAAAUGUGUUCCCUCAAGGUUCCCUAUCACCUAAACCAACUUUACCUUCACCAAGGGUGGAGUCGGAUAAGCCCUCCUUGGCCCCAAGCCCAGGAUUAUCCCCCAGAAACAACGGUAAAACCCCUGCUACAUCUAAAAUCAAAAAGAAAUCCUAAGGUAUCCUUCAGCUCUGUGCAGAGUAGGGCCAAGGCUGUGAUUCCUUCUGUUGGAACAAGGGCAUAAGGGACAAAAUGGACAGAGCCACAUUGAGCCUUUCGGAUCUCCUCAGCCCUGUCAGGGCAGAGUUCUCUGCAUCACCUUAAAUCCGAAGGUCUUUCUAAAGCAGCGUGUACCCUGUUCAGGAAUACCCAUUCACAGCAGUGUUGGCAGAGCCCAGCUGUCCCUGACUAGAGGUCUAUGUAAGUAUUUUUUUAGUCUGAGGUGACAAGCCCCCUUAGGAGGGUUUCACGAGCCUUUCUGCUCUAUUUUACCUAAGAUUCUUAAAUUUAGCCACAGAUAUUUAUAGGGAAAAAUAUGAGAGGAAUAGAAUUGGUCCCUGAGGAUCCUGCUACUUGUGUGCACUUUGCCCUGGAGGACUCUGCUAGGAAAAUGCAUAUCACCUUGUCUGGACAUACAGCACAAGCGUUUUGGCUACUCAAAUGUAUUUUUGCUCUGUUAGGUCAUCUUAAAUUACUUAAACAACUCACUUUAAACUUGGAAAAUGGAAGAACUUUUUUUUUAAAACUACCUGCUGUUAUCUUCCCAGUUGUAUUGAGUAAAUCAAUAAAAACAAAUAUUACCCAUUCUA